AUGGGAAAACUUGAAAAUGCUUCCUGGAUCCAUGAUCCUCUCCUGAAGUACCUGAACAGCACCGAGGAGUACCUGGCUCACCUCUGUGGACCCCGGCGCAGCCACCUCUCCCUCCCUGUGUCUGUGGCCUAUGCUCUGAUCUUCGUGGUGGGGGUGAUGGGCAAUCUUCUGGUGUGCCUGGUGAUCCUCCGACAUCACACCUUGAAGACACCCACCAACUAUUACCUCUUCAGUCUGGCAGUCUCAGACCUGCUGGUCCUGCUCUUUGGGAUGCCUCUGGAGGUCUAUGAGAUGUGGCACAAUUACCCCUUCCUGUUUGGGCCGGUGGGCUGCUACUUCAAGACCGCCCUCUUCGAGACUGUGUGCUUUGCCUCCAUUCUCAGUGUCACCACGGUCAGCAUAGAGCGCUAUGUGGCCAUUAUUCACCCGUUCAGAGCCAAGUUGGAGAGCACGCGGCGGCGGGCCCUCAGGAUCCUUAGCCUGGUCUGGGGCUUCUCUGUGGUCUUCUCUUUACCAAACACCAGCAUCCAUGGCAUCAAGUUGCAGCACUUUCCUAAUGGGUCAUCCGUGCCCGGCUCUGCCACCUGCACAGUCACCAAGCCCAUGUGGGUGUACAACUUCAUUAUCCAAGCCACCUCUUUCCUCUUCUACAUCCUCCCGAUGACCAUCAUCAGCAUCCUCUACUACCUCAUGGGGCUCAGACUGAAGAGAGAUGAAUCUCUUGAGGAAGACAAAGUUUCUAUGAACAUUCACAGACCCUCCAGAAAAUCAGUCACCAAGAUGCUGUUUGUCUUGGUCCUCGUGUUUGCAAUCUGCUGGACCCCCUUCCAUGUGGACCGGCUCUUUUUCAGCUUUGUGGAGGAGUGGACUGAAUCCCUGGCUGCUGUGUUCAAUCUCAUCCACGUGGUAUCAGGUGUCUUCUUCUAUCUGAGCUCAGCCGUCAACCCCAUUAUCUAUAACCUCUUGUCGAGACGCUUCCGGGCAGCCUUUAGGAAUGUUGUCUCUCCUUCUUGCAAAUGGUGUCAUCCCCAGGAUCUCCCACCAGGACCUCCAGCCCAGAAGAUUAUCUUCUUGACAGAAUGCCACCUUGUGGAGUUGACAGAGGAUGCGGGUCCCCAGUUCCCCUGUCAAUCAUCCAUCUACAACUCGAACCUCUCCACAGCCCCCUGUGCUGGGCAGGUACUGUGAAGGGAGUGGUCAGAAGGCCAUAUCAGAAGGCCUGAUUCUGUGAAUUGACAUCCCUCUGAGCUCCAGCACUGCAAGGAGGGACACCUUGUCACCUGUGCCUCCUGUGUGCCAUUAGAGAGAUAACAAAACUCUUAGAU